AUGGGUUCAGAGAUCCUACCAGAGAUCUUCAUCCACAUUGCCCAUGUCCUGGUCGAGGAGCAGAAAUUGGCUACUUUGCUUUCCCUAUCUAUGACCUCCAAGGGGAUGUACGACCUUUUGGUUCCUGUUCUGUACAGAAAAAUCCAAAUCUCCAAACGCAAUGCCGAAGGGGUAUUCUGGGGUAUACUACCAAACGCUAAUGAGUUCGAAAGGACUACAAGCAGUGUAUUCGGUAAGAAGAUAGGUGGAGAGGUGAGAACCCAAUGGAGUUUGUGGCCUGAUAUCGCUCUUUCGGAUGAUGAGGAUGAGGACGAUGACAAAAGUUACUCGCAAUCGAAGAGAUGUGACCAUAUUUACCCUAGCGCAUCUACAAAUCAUAACAAGCUCUUCUACCUCCUUCAAACCCAACAUCUAACCAUCGAUUCCCUCCCUUCCUUCGCUCUCUCAUCUAAUCUCCUCCAUCUAUUCCCCGCUAAGACACCCGAUAAAUUCAUAAGGAUCUUACCGAAUCUCAAAAUCUUACAUCUUACUUCUCAAUUCGUAUACGAACUAUCAAAAUGGUUCAAUCUACAUACCACCAACCCUCGAAGAAAGAAUUUAAGAAGACAUCCUUUUUUACAAUUCCUUUUACUUUCCAUACCCAAUCCUACCAAAAUCAUCAUUGAUUAUCCUACUUUCACCUCCCAAACCAAAGAGAUAUUUAUCGAAAAGCGAUUCGGCUCGGCUGAAGUACUCAGACGGUGCGGGGUUAGCGAAGAGGCUCGUAAGAGGAGGAUGGAGGUAGAAUGGGAUAGGUUUGUAUUACAUGAUACUUCUCUUGGGUUGAUACCUUUACCGUAUUUUUAUAAAGGGGCGGAAUUGGUAUUUAGGAACGUAAGUGGACAGAAUAUCCCUCCAAUUCGAUGUAAGGCUAUAACAGUCAUUUUCGCAAAUACCGAAUUUCAAGCCGAAGGAAACGGAAACGAAGACGGAGAUGGAGAUGGGAUUAAGGGUGAUCGGAGGAUAGAACAGAUCGUAGAUCUGUUAGAACCGAGAAACAAGAACUUGAUGAUGGCGGCUCAACAAGUCAGAAAUUGGAGAUUUGUCAAUGCCGAGAUAGAAAACGAUAAGAAAGUAGGAAAAGGGGUGAGGGUCAGGUUGAGAGAAAGCGACAUUACAAGGGUAUCGUUCUCGUCAAACUCGAAUAGCUUGAUAGAUCUUGAUGACACCCAUGUACUGUAG